ACGUUGCGGGCUAAAGAAGGGGUUGCAUAUUCCCUUUUAGGCGACGUAGCUGCCUGGGCUGCAGCUCUCGACUGUUUUGACUUUUCUCACAGGAUUCUUGAGCUUUUGUUUGUGUGACAGCUCCUCGCAGUAGCUCUUAUCUAGUAUAGAAAACGGCGGCUAGCCAGUAUAUGUUUGAGUAGUGGCCGCGAUCGCUCUAAAACAGAUUUGAAAUCAAAGCCACAGGAGUUGAAGGAUCCUCUCUCUGCAUGAGCUGCUACCUAAAGGCAGAGAGAGAGGAGCCGCAUCCUGCCGCUCACUCUUAUUUCUUCAAUCACUUCUGUCUGAUAAAUGCAGACUAGUCAUCACUAAAAACAGGGGUUGUUACCUCUUGCUGAACGCUGUUUUUACCGACAGCACAUGGUUCCUACAUGUUUUGAAUGGUCAGCAUGGCCCGGCAGUGGUGUGAGGGCCACUCCACAUCCAUACUGUGUGUAGGGGCCGCUGGGGGCCCCGAGGGCCUCCUGGCCUCAGGAUCUGAAGGUGGAGAAGUAACCGUUUGGAGCCAAGAGGGAAGCGUCGUAGGCAGCCUGACUCUCUCUGGUGAGGAGGACAAUACGAGUGUUGUGUUUUCGCCCACGGCCCCAGGCUGGCUGUACGUGUCACACGGAGAGACGGUGAGCAUACUGGACCCUCGGAGCUUGAAGGGCGUUGUGGAGGAGUUUCAGGGUGCAGGGGAGGAGGAGAUCAAUGCUUUGGCACUGAAUGAGACUGGCUCGGCCCUGGCAGUGGCUGAUGACUCCGGGGCGGUUCGGAUAUUGGAGCUUCCCGGGGGAAAGGUCUGCAGGACGCUCCGCAGACAUACCAACAUCUGCUCUUCGGUGGCCUUUCGGCCUCACAGGCCCAACAACCUGGUGUCUGCUGGACUGGACAUGCAGGUGAUGCUGUGGGGUCUGCAGAAGACCCGUCCGCUUUGGACCCUCAACCUGCAGGAAGUGGCAGAGGAAGAGGAGGAACAUCAGCAGAGGGCCGGUCAGCUUUUCAACCCACCGCUGGCCCACUGUGUCUCUGUGUCGAGCUGUGGGAACGUGUUGGCCUGUGCAGCCGAGGACGGGCGGGUGCAUCUGAUGCGGGUCGGCAGCGGCUCGAAACUUGAGCAGCAGGGAGCUGUCAAGGCCCACAGUCAGGGAGCCUCGCAGGCACACUUUGUUAGUUUCCUUUCCCACCCAUACUGGCUCGCCACAGGGGGGAACGAUGGUCGGGUGGCCCUCUGGGACCUCAGCCAGGACCCAGUGGUGACACCAGAAGGGACGGGCAAAUCUCAAGCUGCACCCCAUCGCAGGAAGCUCAAGGGCAAGGCGAGAGCCAAACAGCCGUCUCAGGAUAAAGCAAAGAACAAAUCGAAGGCCCAACCAGACAAAGAGGAGGCUGAGAAGGAGGCAGGGGGGUGCAAGGAGGCAGAAGGAGCAGAGGAAGCGGUGAAGUCCGGGCCCAAACUCAGUAUCAACCAUGAGCACAAGGUGAACUGGGUGUGUCCUGCUGUGCUAAAAGGAGAGCCCAGUUUGGUAGUAGCAGAUCAGAGCUCCAGUCUGACGGUCUACACUCUCUCAGGACUAUAGAGCCAUGUAGGUUAUUCCUUUGUCUGGGCUGUAGCAAUACACUAUUUUGACUUGCCUUAGCAUUUCUAACCAGCAUUUAUCAACUCUUCAGAGGCCAGACUGAUGUGUUUUCUGCUCUGUUAGGAGCUGGCUGUAUUACCUCGCUGCAAGAAUUCUUAAAAGGAUGUUUGGCUCAUUAUUCCUAAGACAGAGCCCUUUCUUAUUCUGCUUUCGGGAACCUGCACUAUGGCUAAAAUACAAAAACAAUCACCUUAAUCCCAGAAAACACUGUGCAGUACAAAGCCACAAUUGGAGGUCAAAUCUUCACAGCUGCAAACAUAUUACACAAAUAGGUUUCGCAUUGCAUUGCGUACAACUUAAUAUUUACAAAGCUCUCUCACUGGUCUUAUUGACUUUCAGCUUUACUCUAUAUAGUUUAAUGGGGGGCUUGGUGUGUGUGUGUGUGUGUGUGUGUGUGUGUGUGUGGUCCUAGAAAAAAUUUAAUUCUGUCCUCUUUAGUAUGUUGUGUUGUCUGACACACUGGAUCCAUUAUAUUUUUGUACACAAUAAUUGCAUUUUUGCAGACUAUGAAAUUGCCACACAAGACAGAAGCGUCUGCUUUGUAUGGGUAAAUAAUUUGCCCAGCGCCUGCCACGUUAACAGAGUAAAAACACCCCUGUCCCGAUCUAAACCAGGUGCUGGACAGAAACACAAGACAUCGAGCGAAUGUUGGGGCCACACAAGAUGUGACGUUUCAAACACACUGCUCUUCAUCAGACGAAAGACAGAUGGAAACACAGCGCCACUGAAAAGCCAAACUUAUGUUCCUGAAGGUGCUGUGCUUUAUGCCUGUUUGGGGGCCUGUGGUUUGUCAUGUGACCUAGCUCUUCAGGGACGUGUGGCGGCUUAAUGGCUCUGUUUUUCAGCUGUCUUAUGGUGGACUAAUGAAAACCCAUGUGCUCAAAACAUCACAAAGUGGUGUUAGUAAGUUCAUAUAUCUUUGGAGAAACUGUGUGUGUGUGUGUGUGUAUAGUCUUCUAUCCCAUGCUUGGUACAUGAAAAGAUGUGAUCUCAAGUAGUUUGUUACUUAGAAGUGUGAUUAAACUGUUGAUAAACUAUUGUGAAAAUCCCACUUUUAACUGCUUGAUCAUGCCAGUUUUUUAUGCUAUGCAUGUGUGACUGGUAAACCUCCUUCUGCCACUUCACAUAGACUGCACUGUAACUGUGAUAUGAUUUGACUCGGCAACUUGACUUGUCCCUCACGCUGAACUGACAAAAUUGUCCUUUUCCUCUUGUUCUAUAGAUUGAUAUUGAAUGAACCAAGCGAUUUAUAUUGGAAAACUUUUUUUUAACAAGCUACACAUCUAAAAACAAAUGCAAAACAGGUCUUGUACGGAUGUCAAAAAUGUAUACAUUCAUCGACAAUGCACCAAAUUCACUCAGUCCAACAGAAGAAGAAAUAUAAGGCCAUUCUUUUGCACACAGACAAGAUUAUUCUAUAAAGCUACAAUGAAAAAAAGGCACACUGCUGACUCUGGAAUGCAAAGUCACUGAUUUAAAUGCCGCACACAUGUAUUUUUUUUUUCAAAGAGCAAACUUGUUGGGGCAGAAAUUUAAGAAAUGGUCUGAGAUGGUCCAGCCAAAAUGGAUGACAGCCUAUUAUCAAAUGUCUUUAUGUUGCAUGUAUGCACAACAAAUCAUUUUAAUUUACAAAAAAAAACUCUUCAAGGCAUUUUCUCAUCAACACU